AUGCACUCAUCGACGAGGGUCAUUUUGCCCGCUGCAUUUGAGGUCGCUGGAAUAGAUGAUCUCGCUCUUCUCAUAGCUAAUAUGCUUGAACGAUUGAUCGCUCAUAAUGACAAGAUACCACUUCUACCCGAGAGCCUUACCCGAUUUCACUCGAGAACCGUACCAAACAUCAGCGUCCUCGAUUAUCUCCGGCGUAUAAUCAAAUGGACAAAAGUCGAGAAAUCAUGCCUUCUCCUCACACUACACUAUGUCGACCAAAUCUGCGCCCGCAUGCCCCUCUUCACCCUCUCCUCCCUCACCUGCCACCGUUUCAUAAUCGCAUCCAUCACAGUCUGCAGCAAAGGCCUCUGCGACUCCUUCUGCACAAACGCCCUAUACGCCCGCGUAGGCGGCAUCCCUGUCCCAGAACUAAACAUCCUUGAACGCGAAUUCCUUCACGCAAUAGACUGGCGCUUAAUGUGCACCCGCGAAGUCCUUCAGGAAUAUUAUAUCAAUCUCAUUAGAACAGAUAGCUCGGGCCGCUUUGGGCUUGAAGGCGCACCGGAAUCGGAAGUGGAGGAUAGUGAUAUGGACAGCUUGUCCUCUCGCUCGGCGUCCCCUAUGGACGCACAAGUCCGCCAUCGUCCGUCGUUUAGCCUCCUGGGCAACCGCGAGUCUUCAAGCGUUUUGGGAGAUACUUCUACGCUCCCUACUAUCGAACAGAACAUGGCGUUUGCUGCGUUGCAGCAUUCGCUGAAGAAGCCUCCAUAG